AUGCCAGGCCAACGCACAUUCACGGUCAUCCCGACCGCCCAAAACCCCCCACCACCACAAUACAUCCGACCCAUGACGACAAAACAAGUACGCAAGGCCUACAAAGCGGCAACAAAAACCCCGCCCAUGUCCCGCGCCGAGCGGAUAAAACAAGAAAGAGCCGAACAAGAACGCAUACGAAAGGAAUUCGAAAAGGAAAAGGCCGCCGCGAAAGCUAGGCUCCUGCGGGAGAAGAAGCGUGACAGGGAGCUGGCGGAGCGGGAGCAGAAGAAGAAGAUGGGCAUACCGCUUGUGAAUGUGCGGCCGAGCCAGGACACGAUUGCGAGGUUUGUACGGGGGAAUGGGUAUGGGAAGAAGAGGGAUUCGGGGGGUGAGACGCUGGAGAGAUUGAGGGAUGGCAUGCGGGAUGAGGCUGGGGAGCAGGGGGAGGAUGAUACGGGUAGUGAUAAACGGGAGUUGGAUUUGAUACCGGAGGGGGAUGAGAGCGAUCUGGAGGAAUUGCUGGAUACGAUAACUGGGGGAACAAGUGAGAUGGAAGCGCAGAUGGAAGCGAGAGGAGAAUCAAACGCUACAUCACCAACAAACCACACAAGUGACCCGGAAAACGCAUCCGAAUCACCACACAAGACACCUCCCAAGCACAGUCCAAGACCAAUAUCAGGACCCAUGGGCCCUCCUCCUCGUCCAAACCUACCAAAACAACAAACCAUUCCCUCCCCUCCCCCCAUCAUCCAACAACCGCCGAUGAGCACGCAAGCCAUCCUCGGCAACCUAGACGACUUCUUCCCCUCAUCAUCCCAACAGGCUCUCGAGCUCCAAGACGAAACCUUCGACUCCAUUCUCAGCGACUCCUUCGACGAUGCAGAAUACCCCGUCCCGCAGAAACCAUCACCCGCAAAACACAUACUACCCACCGCCCCAUCCAAACGAUUCUUCACGUCCUCUGGCUCCAAUGAACUUGUGUCCCUGGCCAUACAGCGCAGCAAGCGCACCGCAGCGCUAGAGGAGCUGCAGGACCAGGAAAUUCCACAGGCAAAUCACACGACGAAAAUAGACGGCAUUUCAAAAGGACGGGCUCGUUACAGCGUAAAUACAGUCGUGCCAUCUGAAUCCUUGGCCGGUGUUACGAAUCCAAAACUCACGUUUGACGACAAGGAGAAUGCGACUGGGCCAUGCGGUAUAAGUGACUCGCAAGAGACUGAAUAUGGCGGGGAUUGGGUGGACGAAUUAGCAUUGGAUCUCGUUGUUUAG